CAACUGUUUUCAACCAUGGCGCCACUUUAUCCCAAAAAUCUAACUAAAACUCCCCCCCAAAAAAUGUUUUGCCACACCACAACUUCCACCAAUUUCCUCCACCUUCCACACCACCAUAACCACCAACCUUUAAGUUCAUUCAUCACUUACAAUUCUCUCUCCUCCUCUUCUCAAAACCCACCUUCUGAAACCUCCAAAACCCCAAACUUAAACCCUAAUUUUACCCAACAAAUUCUUCGAACUCACAACUCAAAAUCAUCUUCCUUCCUCUUCUUAAACGACCAACAACAACAACAACAAUGGCUGCCAAAAAACGACGACGUUUUGUUCUCAGAAGAAGAAAAAGCAAGAAUCUUGGAAAUGACCCUUAUCAGAAAACGGACCCCACAAUUUCCGGGUUCAAUUUAUACCCGCCCACCUCAUGGAAAUGACCUUUCUCUCCCUCCCUUGAAUACCCUUUUGAAGGAGGAUGAUGAUGAAGGUGAGAUGUUAAUGAGGGCUGUUGAAAUUAGGAGGAAAGUUACUUUGGAAAUAUUUCUUGAUUUUAUGAUUAGGAAGGGUAAAUUUGGAAUUACUUAUUCUAAGAAUUUGGGUUCAAAGUUGGGAGAUUUUGUUGAUUUGGUGAUGAUUGAGGCUGCUUCUAUGAAGAAAGUUCCUGAAUUUUCAAGACUUUCUUUUAAUGCUCGUGCUAGAACUUUUAUUGAGGAGUCUAAUGUUGUUCCUUUGAUUAGGUGGCUGAAACACAAUUCAUUGUCACACCCUCAGAUUGGUAAAAUCAUAUGCAUGGCGAAGGGGGAUGUCCGAUUAAUAAAGGAGCAUGUAGAGUGGUUGAAGUCAAUUCAUGUCAAGGGAAGAUACAUAGGAGUUGUGUUCAUGAGGGUAGGGGAAAUCAUUUUGAAGCGUAGCAUAGAAGAAAUGGAUGAGAUAGUAAUGUACCUAGAGACUAAAGGUGUGAGAAGGGAUUGGAUGGGUUAUGUCAUCAGCCGAUGCUCCGAAUUAUUGGCUUUUAGCAUGGAAGAAGUGCAAACUCGUGUCAGUUUCUACACAGAUAUGGGAAUAAACGAGCAUGAUUUUGGCACGAUGGUUUAUGAUUGCCCCAAAGUUCUUGGCUAUUUUACUUUAGAAGAGAUGAAGCAAAAGGUAAACUAUAUUAAGGACUUUGGGCUUGGUGAUGAAGAUGUCGGAAGACUACUUGCGUUUAAGCCUCAGUUGAUGGCAUGUGGCAUUGAGGAAAGAUGGAAACCCCUUCUCAAGUACCUUUACUAUCUUGGAAUCAACCGUGAUGGCAUGAGAAGAAUGCUUGUCAUCAAACCAAUGGUGUUUUGUGUGGACCUGGAAACCACUAUUGUGCAAAAGGUACGGUUUUUGCAAGACAUAGGUAUCAAAGAAGAGGCCAUUGGUCGCAUGCUUGUCAGGUUCCCUCCACUGCUGACGUACAGCCUUUACAAGAAGAUUCGUCCAGUGGUUGUAUUCUUGUUAACAAAAGCUGGAGUUAAACAGAAGGAUAUAGGGAAGGUGGUAGCUUUGGCACCAGAGCUAUUAGGGUGCAGCAUUGCACAUAAGUUGGAUGGCAACGUGAAAUAUUUUCUGUCCCUUGGGAUUAGCCUUCCACAGUUAGGUGAGAUGAUUGCUGACUUCCCGAUGCUCCUCCGUUACAAUGUCGAACUUCAUCGACCUAAAUAUCGCUACCUGCGAAGAACAAUGGUCCGUCCUUUACAGGAUCUCAUCGAGUUUCCAAGGUUUUUUAGCUACUCCUUAGAAGACAGAAUCAUACCGAGACACAAGGUUCUGCUGGAGCAUCGAGUAAACUUCAAACUCCGCUAUAUGUUGGCAAGCACUGACGAGGCAUUCAAACAGCAGGUUCAGGCUGCAGUUGAAAGGCGGCAGAGAUUCGAAUCAGGUGCUGCUCCACUUGAAACUCGUACCUCUAAUGAUGAUGUUGCAGAUUCUGAGACAAGGGACUAUUCAUCUAUUACUGAAUCCGACUCGAGUUCUUUCCUGAGUAAAGAAUCUGAGAUGGUUAUGCUGAAUUCAGAUUGACAAGUCUUUUUGCUCGAAACCGAUGUACACGAACUCAUCAUUAAAAGACUGCAAGUACUUUUGUAUAUAUCAGUGAAUGGUGAAUCUUGCUUACAGAUGAUAAUUAUACUCCAAAAAGAAAGUUUGUAUGUCA